CAAGUCUUAUGGUCCAUCAGAGAGUGCACACAGGAGAGAAAUCGUACAAAUGCCAGCAGUGUGGGAAAGGUUUUGCUUACAAGUCAGGUCUUGUGAAGCAUCAGAGAGUGCACACAGGAGAGAAACCGUACAAUUGCCAGCAGUGUGGGACAUGCUUUGCUCAGACAUCACAUCUUGUGAAGCAUCAGGAAAUCCACACAGGAGAGAAACCAUACACAUGUCAACAGUGUGGGAAAGGUUUUGUUCAGAAGGCAAACCUUGGUUCCCAUCAGGGAGUCCACAUGGGAGAGAAAUCAUACACAUGCCAGCAGUGUGGGAAAGGUUUUGCUUUCAAGUCAGAACUUGUGGGCCAUCAGAGAGUGCACACAGGAGAGAAACCUUACACAUGCCAGCAGUGUGGGAAAGGUUUUGCUUACAAGUCAGAUCUUGUGAAACAUCAAAGAAUCCACACAGGAGAGAAACCAUACACAUGUCACCAGUGUGGGAAAGCUUUUGCUAUGAAAUCUUUUCUUGUGGUCCAUCAGAGAGUGCACACAGGAGAGAAACCUUACACAUGCCAGCAGUGUGGGAAAGGUUUUUCUCAGAGGUCAAAUCUUCUAUCCCAUCAGAGAGUGCACACAGGAGAGAAACCAUACACAUGCCAGCAGUGUGGGAAAGGUUUUUCUCGGAAGUCAGACCUUGUGAAGCAUCAGAGAGUCCAUAGAGGAGAGAAACCAUAAAAAUGUGAAGAGUGUGGGGAAUGUUUUGCUCAAACCUGUCAUCUUUUGAAGCAUCAGAGAAUACGCAGAGGAGCAAAAUCAUUCAAUUUUUAUAUCUGAAAUACUUUUCUCAAAAUUCACACCUUUUGAUUAUGAAUCCAUAGAGGAGACAAACUAUACAGACAGGACUGUAGAAAAGAUUUUUUUCUGAAAUUUCACACCUUUUCAGUCAUAAAGAAGUCCACAUUAAAGAGAAACUAUAGAAAUACCAGCAUUAUGGAAUCUUUUUAGUUGGUGGACAGCCUUCCUACAUCUUGAUAAUUUCCUGUGAGGGGGGGGGGGCAGGCAGACAGGGGGCAUUUAUGGGCUCCACAGAUGGUUACCUGAUCAGGUGUUCUUCUGUUAGUUUUUCUGUUCGAUUUUCCUUGCAAAGGGAAAGGAUUGGCUGCCUGUGUCCAUUAGUUGGGUGAAUUCUUAAACCUUUAAACUGUAGGUCACUGUUUAUAUAACUUCUCACAUGAAUAAAUUCAAUUUUUUUUCUA